GUAAGCGGUGGGCCGGCGGCGUUGUUGUGCGGUUGUCGAAUUGGCAGCCAUUACGGUGAAAACGUUUAUAUUGAAGUGUUAUUAUUUGCAAUUGCAAUUGUUUUAAAAGUAUUUUUACAAAUAAUAUAAGCCGGGCUGAAGAAUUUAAUACGUGCGUAUCGUUUCCAGUAAUUGUUUUCGAACGAAAGGUAGAUCGCUCAAUAAAUCACAGUAAUGUAGUUCUUUGUGUAUGCCUUACUAGCCUGUAGCCUAGAAAACAUGGCAUUAUUUGUAAAAAUGUUAGCAGCUGUGUCUAUUUAAAUCGCCGUGCUCAAUUGAUGAUUUCAUUUUUCAGGUGUCUUCGCUUUUAGUUUGGGACAAUUUAGGAUCUCUUUUCAUCUAAGAUGGCUGACAACGAUGAUCUUUUGGAUUACGAAGACGAGGAACAACAGCCGGAGCCAGCCAUUUCCAAUGGCACUGCGGAAAAGAAGGACGUCCGUGGUAACUACGUAUCGAUUCACAGUUCCGGCUUCAGAGAUUUCCUUUUAAAACCAGAGAUAUUAAGAGCCAUCAUCGAUUGCGGUUUUGAGCAUCCUUCUGAAGUUCAACACGAAUGCAUUCCUCAAGCAGUACUCGGAAUGGAUAUCUUGUGUCAAGCUAAAUCAGGUAUGGGUAAAACUGCGGUAUUCGUCUUGGCUACUCUGCAACAGUUGGAUGUCACCGAUGACAAAGUCUACGUUCUGGUAAUGUGCCACACUAGAGAAUUGGCUUUUCAAAUAAGCAAAGAGUAUGAGCGCUUUUCGAAAUACAUGAGUAAUGUCAAGAUUGGCGUAUUCUUUGGUGGUUUACCGAUAUCUCAUGACGAAGAAGUUUUACGUACGAAUUGUCCUCAUAUCGUUGUCGGUACUCCUGGUCGGAUUUUAGCUUUGGUUAGGUCUGGCAAAUUGAACCUGAAGCACCUCAAACAUUUCAUCCUUGAUGAGUGCGAUAAAAUGUUGGAACAGUUGGACAUGAGAAGAGAUGUUCAAGAAAUAUUCCGUUCAACUGCGCAAACGAAACAAGUUAUGAUGUUCAGCGCAACACUUAGCAAAGAAAUCCGGCCAGUAUGCAAGAAAUUCAUGCACGAUCCCAUGGAAGUUUAUGUGGAUGAUGAAACUAAGCUGACGCUGCACGGGUUGCAACAACACUACGAGAAAGUUAAAGAGAGCGAGAAGAACAAGAAGCUGUUCGAAUUAUUAGAUGUUUUAGAAUUUAAUCAAGUUGUUAUAUUUGUAAAAUCCAUUCAACGCUGUGUAGCGUUGGCUCAACUUCUAAACGAGCACAAUUUUCCAUCGUCCGCUAUGCAUCGUGGAAUGACGCAAGAAGAAAGGUUGAAAACCUAUCAAGAAUUCAAGGAUUUUAACAAGAGGAUCAUGGUAUCGACGAAUUUGUUCGGUCGAGGUAUGGAUAUUGAAAGAGUGAAUAUCGUAUUUAAUUACGAUAUGCCCGAUGAUACCGAUACGUAUUUGCAUCGCGUCGCCAGAGCUGGACGGUUUGGUACUAAAGGUUUAGCCAUUACCUUCAUCAGCGAUGAGAAUGAUUCGAAAUUAUUGAACCAGGUUCAGAAACGAUUCGAUGUCAAUAUUAAGCCUUUACCUGACGAAAUAGAUCUCUCUUCUUACAUUGAAGGACGAUAAUGAGUUUUGCUUAGUCUGAAAAUGAUGAAAAGGACUCCUGUGGAUAUAUCUUUGUGGGACGAAGAACUCAGACAAUUGAUUUUCUAGACGAUGGGUUUGUUUUCAAACACGUGUACAUUCAUUAUAAAUCCUUAAUUAAUUUUCUACUAUGUAAAAUUAAUGUCAAUGUUUCCCUAUUUUAAGAUUAAACAGUUUUAAACAUU